AUGAUUUUGAAAUCUUUUCUACUAGGUAAUCUAUUAUCCUUAUGCAUAAAGAUAAUAAAUUCGGUCGUUGUGGUCGGACUCUAUUAUGGAUUUCUGACCACAUUCUCCAUAGGGCCCUCUUAUCUCUUCCUUCUCCGAGCUCGGGUUAUGGAAGAAGGAACCGAGAAGGAGGUAUCAACAAUAACUGGUUUUAUUACGGGACAGCUCAUGAUGUUCAUAUCGAUCUAUUAUGCGCCUCUGCAUCUAGCAUUGGGUAGACCUCAUACAAUGACUGUCUUAGUUCUACCAUAUCUUUUGUUUCAUUUCUUCUGGAAAAAUCAAAAAAAAGCUUUUAACAGUAUUAGAAAUACCAGUACCAGAAACUCAAUGCGUAAUCUCCGCAAUCUCAACAUUCAAUGUGUAUUCUUGAAUAAUCUAAUCUUUCAAUUAUUGAACCAUUUUAUUUUACCAAGUUCAACGUUAAUCAGAUUAGUCAACAUUUAUAUGUUUCGAUGCAACAACAAGAUCUUAUUUGUAACAAGUAGUUUUGUUGGUUGGUUAAUUGGUCACUUUUUAUUCAUGAAAUGGCUUGGAUUGGUAUUUAUUAUUCGGAUCCGGAAAAAAAUAGAUGAAUCGAAAGAGAUCCGAGCAAAUGGAAAGGAAAAAACAAAGGAUGAAUUUGACUUUCACUUUAUAAAGACAUGCUAG